AGUAAAAUUCGGUGUUUCACUUCACAAGUCCAUAACUCCUCUCGAUGUUAUCCAAAUUCAAAGUUAUUUCAUUAUGUAAUAUUUAAAUUAUAUUGGAUAUUUGCUCUUUUAUUCUUUUUCACCAAGGUUUUGACUUGAUGUCAUCGUCAUUUUUGUGAUUUUCCCGUACAAAAUGUACUCAAAGAUGUUUCAACAAGCAGAAAAUGAAUAUUAACUUCGUUUCUAGUAUCAAACGACCAAGUUCUGUUCUAAUCUUCGUCCAGCAAAAUUCCAGCUGACAGACAAGGAGGAUUGGAUUUCUUGUAACAACCCGUGAACAUAUUGUAGAUUGUCUGAACAACAUCUAAGCACGUCACAAUGUUAGGAUCAAUAAAAAAUACAUAUCACAUAAUGCCCAAGCUUAACCAGAAAAUGGUAGCAUGGACAUUGUCUAAACGGUUUUGUUCACAACAACCAAAAAUAGAGUACAAACCAAUUAGAAGUGUUUUAGUGGCUAACAGAGGUGAAAUUGCUAUACGAGUUUUCCGAGCAUGUACAGAAUUGGGAAUAAAAUCGGUAGCCAUUUACUCAGAACAGGACAAAAUGCAAAUGUUUAGACAAAAGGCAGAUGAAGCCUAUUUAGUAGGAAAAGGCCUUGAGCCUGUGCAAGCUUACCUAAAUAUACCAGAAAUUGUUAAAGUGGCCAAGGAAAAUGGUGUUGAUGCAAUCCAUCCAGGGUAUGGAUUCCUCUCAGAACGUUCUGACUUUGCACAAGCUGUGCUGGAUGCAGGCCUCCGGUUCAUUGGACCUUCUCCAAAGGUUGUGCAACAAAUGGGAGACAAAGUUGCAGCUAGACAGGCAGCGAUUGACUCAGGAGUGCCAAUUGUACCUGGUACACCUGGGCCAAUUACUUCAUCGGAUGAAGCCAUGGCGUUCUGUCACGAACACGGUUUACCAAUCAUAUUCAAAGCUGCUUUUGGUGGUGGUGGGAGAGGAAUGAGAGUUGUUCGACAAAUGAAGGAUGUAUUAGAGUCUUUUGAAAGAGCAAGCUCAGAAGCAGCAGCUGCUUUUGGAAAUGGUGCACUAUUCAUAGAAAAAUUUAUAGAAAGGCCUAGACAUAUUGAAGUCCAGUUGCUUGGAGAUAAAGCAGGAAAUGUUAUUCAUUUGUAUGAAAGGGACUGCUCAGUACAGAGGAGACAUCAGAAAGUAGUAGAAAUUGCUCCUGCUCCACAUUUAGACCCUAAGGUAAGAGAUGCUAUGCUAGAGAAGGCACUGCAGCUUGCAAAACACGUUAAAUAUGAAAAUGCUGGUACUGUGGAAUAUCUGUUAGAUUCCCACAACAACUUUUAUUUCAUUGAAGUAAACGCUAGACUCCAGGUGGAGCAUACAGUUACUGAAGAAAUUACCGGAGUGGACUUGGUCCAAUCACAAAUACGAGUUGCUGAAGGGUUAACCCUCCCAGAGAUGGGAUUGACUCAGGAUAAAAUUAAGAAAAUUGGGUAUGCAAUUCAGUGUCGUGUCACCACAGAAAAUCCUGCAUCAGAUUUUAGGCCUGAUACAGGCAGAAUUGAAGUAUUUAGAUCCGGUGAAGGAAUGGGUAUCAGAAUUGACAGUGCAUCAGCCUAUGCUGGAGCAGUUAUAAGUCCUUACUAUGAUUCUCUUUUGGCUAAAGUCAUAUCACAUGCUACAGACUUAAGUUCAGCAGCAGCCAAACUUGCAAGAGCACUGAGAGAAUUCCGUGUAAGAGGAGUCAAAACUAACAUUCCAUUUUUAUUGAACGUACUGGAAAACCAAAAAUUCAUGACUGGUGCAGUUGACACUUACUUUAUUGAUGAACAUCCACAAUUAUUUGCAAUCAAGACUUCACAAAAUAGGGCCCAAAAAUUACUGAAUUAUCUAGGAAAUGUUCUCAUCAAUGGACCACAAACUCCCCUUGCAACAAAGCUAAGGCCUCCUAGGAUAAAGGUUCAUGCUCCAGAAAUACCUGUUGAUUAUAGCCGGCCUGAAUUUAACGAGGAAGGAAUCAUGAUAGGUACGUUGGCACCGCCAGGUCUAAGAGAUGUAUUCAUAAAAGAAGGGCCAGAAGCUUUUGCGAAAGCAGUAAGAAAUAAAAAGGAACUACUACUUAUGGACACGACUUUCCGAGAUGCGCAUCAGAGUUUGUUAGCAACCAGAGUCAGGACAUUAGAUUUGCUAAAAAUUUCACCUUUCGUCGCUCACAACUUCUCAAAUUUGUACUCCCUUGAGAAUUGGGGAGGGGCAACUUUUGAUGUCUCACUUCGAUUUUUGCACGAAUGUCCUUGGGAACGUUUAGAAGAAAUGCGGAAGUUGAUACCAAACAUUCCUUUCCAAAUGUUGCUCAGAGGAGCAAAUGCAGUGGGAUACACCAAUUACCCUGAUAAUGUUGUUUAUAAGUUUUGUGAGCAAGCAGUACAAUCUGGAAUGGAUGUAUUCCGGGUCUUUGAUUCUCUAAAUUAUUUACCAAAUCUUAUUCUUGGAAUGAAUGCAGUUGGAAAAGCUGGAGGAAUAAUUGAAGCAGCUAUUUCCUACACUGGUGAUGUGUCAAACCCUAACAAAAAGAAAUAUGACCUGGAAUACUACAAGAAUCUUGCUAAAGAACUAGUCACUGCCGGAACUCACGUUUUGUCUAUUAAGGAUAUGGCUGGACUUUUAAAACCAAAAGCUGCAACACUGCUAAUAUCUGCAUUAAGGGAACAACAUCCUGAUGUGCCAAUACAUGUACAUACUCAUGACACAAGUGGAGCUGGCGUUGCAUCAAUGCUUGCUUGUGCUGAAGCAGGAGCAGAUGUUGUUGAUGUAGCGGUCGAUUCGAUGUCUGGUAUGACUUCUCAACCUUCAAUGGGAGCUAUAGUCGCAUCACUGGAAGGCACCCCACUAGAUACAGGUAUUCAACUAAGUAAAGUGUCGGAAUAUUCAGCCUACUGGGAGCAGACGAGAACACUCUAUGCACCGUUUGAGUGCACAGUGACAAUGAAAUCAGGAAACGCGGAUGUAUACCAAAACGAAAUCCCUGGAGGACAGUAUACUAAUCUACAGUUCCAAGCAUUCUCACUUGGCCUAGGUGAAAAGUUUGAGGAAGUCAAAAAGGCAUAUUCUGAAGCAAAUAUGCUUCUAGGUGAUAUAAUAAAGGUAACACCAUCUUCCAAAGUGGUAGGUGAUCUUGCUCAAUUCAUGGUCCAAAAUAAAUUAACUGCAGAUGAAGUUACAAAAAAAGCUGGUGAACUUUCGUUUCCGCUUUCUGUUGUUGAGUUUUUACAAGGAGCCAUUGGGGAACCCUACCAAGGAUUUCCUGAGCCUUUCAGAUCUAUGGUAAUUAAAGAUCUUCCAAAGAUCAAAGGCAGACCUGGUGAAACGCUUCCUCCCCUAGAUUUUGACAAAUUAGAGCAAGAUCUUAUCGAAAAGUUCUCAAAGGAAAAUGUAAGCAAGAAAGAUGUCCUGAGCGCGGCUAUGUAUCCAGCAGUCACAGAUGAAUUUAUUCAAUUCCGGAAUCAGUAUGGGCCGGUUGACAAACUGGAAACAGGCAUCUUUCUCACUGGCCCUCACAUUGGUGAAUCCGUUGAAGUACAACUUCAAAAGGGGAAAAUGCUGGACAUAAAAACAGUAGCUGUGUCUCAGGAAGUGUCAGCGAAUGGAGAAAGAGAAGUAUUUUUCGAACUAAAUGGCCAGCUGAGAUCAGUAAUGAUUCGUGACAUUGAAAAAUCCAAGUCAAUUCAUGUCCAUCCAAAAGCAAGUAAAAAUGACAAGGGUCAGGUUGGUGCACCGAUGCCUGGCACAGUAACAGAAGUUAGAGUGAAAGUAGGAGAUAAGGUGGAACCGGGUGAUGCUCUUGUCGUCCUUUCCGCUAUGAAAAUGGAAAUGAUUGUCCAAGCUCCGAUUUCUGGGACUGUUAAAGCCAUUGAUGCAACCGUUGGUCUUAAACUUGAAGGACAAGAUUUACUUGUAACUAUCGAAAAAUAAUAAGAAAUCUUAAGUUUGA